GGGCCAACUUGCAUUAGCGGCGAUUGCGGCCGUCCUUCUACAAGACCUAGCAAAGCUCAAGUCUGCCAUUAACGGUGAUAAGAUCGAUAUCCUACCACAGGGUCUGCCUUUCAACAAGUAGCUUCCAGAUUGCCAAACACACCUGGCCGAGUCAUAUAACACGCAAUCACUCCCCGCCGAUCUCGCCAAAUCGCGCGCAAACUUACACCAUGACAUCCCGCAAGGCUCUCGACAGCCCCGACUCAUAUGCGAUCGCCUGGAUCGCUGCCCUUCCCAUCGAACGGGCCGCUGCAGAGACCAUGCUCGACGAGGAAAAUUCAACUCCGACUGGCUUCGUCAGACACCAGAACGACGCCAACGUCUAUAGCUGGGGUUGCGUGGGAGAGCACAACAUCGUCAUUACCUCCCUUGCCGCAGGAGUCUAUGGGACCACCUCGGCUGCAACUACCGCCUCGAGCUUGCUUGCCUCGCUACCAUCCAUCCGCGUUGCCCUUUUGGUCGGCAUUGGCGGCGGCAUCGCUAGACCGGACGAGGGCCACGACAUCCGCCUCGGUGACAUUGUUGUGAGCCAGCCUAAUAGCACUACGGGCGGCGUCUGUCAGUACGACUUGUUCAAGGCAAAGUCUGGUGACAAGCGUGAGCGCGAAGGCUUCCUCGGACGGCCUCCGACGGUCCUCCUCAAUGCACUUGCCAGCAUCCAUGCCUCUCAUGAGCGGAAAAAUUCCAAGGUUCCCGACUUUCUUCGAGAGAUGCUGGACAAAAACCCCAAGAUGGGCAAGGGGUCUAAGAAGAACCCUGGUUACGUCCACCAAGGAUUUGACAACGACCAUCUCUUCCAGACAAUGUACGACCAUGUCCCUGGGCUGGACUGUCGAGGCUGUGACGUAGCCGAAGAGGUUCAACGCGACCCUCGAGACACUACCGACCCCGAGAUCCAUUACGGGAUCAUCGCAUCUGGCAAUACACUCGUCAAAGAUGCUGCUAUACGCGAUCGGAUGGUUGCUGAGGUUGGCGAGGAUUGCAUUUGCUUUGAGAUGGAAGCCGCCGGCCUGAUGAACCACUUCCCCUGUCUUGUCGUGCGUGGGAUCUGCGACUACGCCGACUCUCACAAGAAUGAUCGUUGGCAACGUUACGCUUCCGCCACCGCCGCUGCGUAUGCCAAGGAGCUCCUAGAGUACGUGCCAGCUACGGAGGUCCAGGAGACUAAGAGGGCAUUAGAGGUGCUCCAAUCGGUUGAAAAGAAAAUUAAUAGCGUGCAGCAGACCACAAUUGCAACGAAGGCUGCAGCUGACUCCAUCAAGUCUGACCUUCGGAUAGAAAAGAUCAAGCGCUGGCUUUGUCCUCCCGACCCGUCUACAAACGUCAAUCACGCGAGAAAGCUCCGCCACGAGGGGACAGGCGCAUGGCUCCUGGAAAACCUAGUCUUCCAGUCAUGGUACUCGGGAUCGCGUCGACAUAUAUGGCUAUAUGGACUCGCGGGAUGCGGCAAGACGGUUCUCAGCGCAACCGUCCUGGACCAUCUUGCCCAGGAAAAGGACCAUUUUGUCCUCAGCUUCUUCUUUGAUUUUAGCGAUACGAAAAAGCAGACCGUAGAUGGUAUGCUGCGGUCACUUGCCUUCCAACUCUACCAGUAUGGGACUGGUUCUGCGGUCCUAGAUGCCACAUUCCAAGCACACCAGGAUGGCCUGGACCAACCUGCCACAAAGAUACUCUCGGACGUUGUGUAUAAGAUGCUUGCAGCCCAGAAUCAGGUUUCUAUCGUUAUAGACGCCUUGGACGAAUCGACGACGAAGGAUGAACUUCUCCUGUCUCUUAACGACGUGGUGUCCAGGCCAGAGUUGGGCCACGUCCAGCUGCUUUGUACCAGCCGGCCUGAAUCCGAAUUUCUACGCGGCAUUACCUCUUUCAUAGGCAAAGAAAACUGCUUAGUGCUCGACAAGCGGGCUGUUAACGCCGAUAUCCAAUUGUACGUCACAGCACAGCUUUCGCAACGACGUGAUUUUCAGGACAAGAGAUUGUCGCAAAGUCUCCUUGAGCAGAUUCGGACAAAGGUUGGGCAGGGGGCCGACGGGAUGUUCAGGUGGGCUUUCUGUCAGUUGGAGAGCCUGAGUAGAUGUCGUCACGAGGCAGGUAUGGAGAAAGCUCUCACAUCAUUGCCGCUGAAUCUGGAUGAGACAUACCGGCGCAUGAUUGAAAGCAUACCGCCAGAGCUCAAAAGUGAUGAGAUACGUCUCCUCCAAUUUCUACUACACUCCGAGCGACCUCUCAAGUUAGCCGAGGCUGUUGAGGUUAUAGCAACGCAGAUCGGAAACGAGUCGCGAGGGUUUAAUAAAAAGCGUCGACUAUUUUGCGAGACUGACGUCUUAGACUACUGUCCCAGCCUAGUGGCAGUCGUUCAGGCCACUGAUAAGGAACUACAUCUUGCCCAUUUUUUGGUCAAAGAGUACCUGCUCAACAAUAAUCAACUCAAGAUUACAAGCGCCAACAUUUCCAUCACACAGACAUGCUUAACAUAUCUAACGGACAUCGAGGGCAACUAUGAGGAAAUCGAGUGGAAUUUCCCUUUGGCCCAAUUUGCGGCAGAAGUAUGGACAAGCCAUGCAGCUUCGGUUAAAAGUUCGGAAGAGAUAGUUCGAGUAAUAAUCAGGUUCUUAGAAGACGAAAUAACUUUCCAGCGAUGGAGGCGCCUAUAUCAAGAUAGUAAGGCACGGUUUGAAUACCCCUACCACCGACCAGAAGGGUCACAGCUCUACUAUACCUGCCUAACGGGGCUCGCUCUAGUGGCGCAAUAUUUUAUUACAAAGGGAGCGGACGUUAACGCGCAGGGCGGCUAUUACGGCAACGCUCUACAAGCCGCCUCAGCUCAAGGCCAUCAGGAGAUCGUCAAGCUACUCCUAGCUAAGAACGCGGACGUCAACGCGCAGGGCGGCUAUUACGGCAACGCUCUACAAGCCGCCUCAGCUAGAGGCCAUCAAGAGAUCGUCAAGCUACUCCUAGCUAAGAACGCUGACGUCAACGCGCAGGGCGGCGAGAAUGGCAACGCUCUACAAGCCGCCUCAGCUGAAGGCCAUCAAGAGAUCGUCAAGCUACUCCUAGCUAAGGACGCGGAUGUCAACGCGCAGGGCGGCUUUUGCGGUAACGCGCUACAAGCCGCCUCAGCUGAAGGCCAUCAAGAGAUCGUCAAGCUACUCCUAGCUAAGGAUGCGGACGUCAACGUGCAGGGCGGCUUUUACGGCAACGCUCUACAAGCCGCCUCAGCUAAAGGCUACCAAGAGAUCAUUAAGCUUCUACAACGAAGUAUUGCUAGUAAAUCACCCCGAAAACGGUCAAUCUCGAUAUCUCUAAGCGACUUCCCAAAUAAACGUCUUGUAAAAUAAGCCCUUCAAUAGACUACCGACCAGUUAAUGGAGUCUACAUAGCCUAACUCCACCCUAGCAGUCACUAGUCAGAAUGCUAUGUGGGGUACUGGGGCAGGACACCCUAAACCAGUCGCAAGGACUACAAGGUGUGUGUCACGAAUCCCGGUGGAUUCCCUGUGGUUAUGCACAAAGGUGGGGGGGCAUGCACUUUUUGGCGUGGGCCAAUCAGGAGCGUUCCAGGGUUCCGAGCUCUGGAGCUCGGGGACGCGGGACAGGUCCGGUCGGGCGGUGACCCGGACGCGGGACCACGGGACAACAGAACCACUGUUAUUGGUUACGUAGAUAGAUAUAUACGACGAUCGUGUCCACGGUCUUAGAUAGUUCUUGCUUGGUUCUUCAAGCAAGCAUUACA